AUGGCAGGAACUGCAGUGUUUGCAGAGAUAAUUGAUGAUGAUGUUUUUAAGUUCUACUUAGAUGGUGAGUGGAAAAAAUCCUCUUCAGGAAAAUCAGUGUCCGUCAUCAACCCCACCACUAGAAAGACUCAGUUCAAGGUCCAAGCUUGUACUCAAGAAGAGGUGAAUAAGAUCAUAGAAGCAGCAAAAACAGCUCAAAAAUCAUGGGCCAAGACUCCACUAUGGAGAAGAGCAGAAUUGCUUCACAAAGCAGCUGCAAUAUUGAAAGAGCACAGAGCACCAAUUGCAGAAUGUCUUGUCAAAGAGAUUGCAAAACCUGCUAAAGAUGCAGUGACUGAAGUGGUGAGAUCAGGGGAUUUGGUGUCAUAUUGUGCGGAAGAAGGGGUUAGAAUUCUUGGAGAAGGGAAAUUUCUGGUGUCUGAUAGUUUUCCUGGGAAUGAAAGGACCAAAUACUGCCUCACUUCAAAGAUUCCACUUGGGGUUGUUUUGGCUAUCCCACCAUUUAACUAUCCUGUCAAUCUUGCUGUUUCAAAAAUUGCUCCCGCGCUAAUUGCCGGAAACUCCCUUGUGCUCAAGCCUCCAACCCAGGGUGCUGUAGCUGCACUUCACAUGGUCCACUGCUUUCACUUGGCUGGUUUUCCCAAGGGUCUAAUUAGCUGUGUUACCGGAAAGGGUUCAGAGAUCGGUGACUUCCUCACGAUGCAUCCUGGGGUUAACUGUAUAAGCUUCACAGGUGGAGACACUGGAAUAGCAAUCUCAAAAAGGGCAGGCAUGAUUCCUCUUCAAAUGGAAUUAGGUGGUAAAGAUGCUUGUAUCAUUCUAGAAGAUGCUGAUUUGGAUUUAGCUGCAGCUAAUAUUGUUAAAGGAGGCUUCUCGUACAGUGGUCAAAGGUGCACAGCAGUUAAGGUUGUCCUAGUCAUGGAGCCUGUAGCUGAUGCUCUUGUUGAGAAAGUUAAAGCUAAGGUAGCCAAACUGACUGUUGGACCACCUGAGGAUGACUGUGAUAUUACUCCAGUUGUUACAGAGUCCUCUGCAAACUAUAUUGAAGGAUUAGUCAUGGAUGCCAAGCAGAAAGGGGCAACGUUCUGCCAAGAGUAUAAGAGGGAGGGCAACCUUAUAUGGCCUUUGUUGUUAGAUAAUGUCCGGCCAGAUAUGAGGAUAGCUUGGGAGGAGCCUUUUGGUCCGGUUUUACCGGUUGUCAGAAUAAACUCUGUUGAAGAAGGAAUCCACCACUGCAACGCUAGCAAUUUCGGCCUUCAGGGAUGCAUCUUUACAAGAGACAUAAACAAAGCAAUUUUGAUAAGUGAUGCUAUGGAGACAGGAACAGUUCAGAUCAAUUCUGCACCUGCUCGUGGACCUGAUCAUUUUCCAUUCCAGGGUUUGAAGGACAGUGGUAUUGGUUCCCAGGGAAUCACCAACAGUAUUAAUAUGAUGACGAAGAUCAAGAGUACUGUAAUCAACUUACCUACUCCUUCUUACGCUAUGGUCCACCAGUACAAGUUACUUGGAGCUUUCAAGCUGCAUGUAGAUGUUGCUUGUAUAAAGAUGAGUGGUGGGCUAGUCACUGCAUGUUUUGCGGUGUUUGCUUUUGUCUUGUAG